AUUAUUUACAUCCUCUUUGACUAUAACCUAUUUAGUAUUUACUAUUUAGAUCAUCUUGCAAAACUGAAAUACAUAAACAUUAGUUGAAAUAAAAUUUAAAGAAAAAUGUACUUACUAUAGUUAUUACAUUAACAUUUCAGAUAAAGAAAUCUAGGGUAACUAAUUAUGUAUUUUCGUACAAUUUAAGGUAGUGAAUGAAACGUUGAAAGUGUAAUCAAAAGUACAAUUUAUGAAUGGAAUUAUGGGAAUGAAAACCUAUAAAAUGUUUACCAAUUUUUAUAAAAUUUACGUUAAAAAUUCAAAACAAUUUAAUUCUUUAUCGAUAUGUUCUCAAAAUAAACGCUACGUUGUGAAGAAUCCUUUAAAUAAUGCAUCCAUGGUUUGUGUUUAUUCGUCGGAAAACAAAACUUUUAAAAAUUUAGAAAAUAGAGCUGAAGCUUUAAAGGAUGCGCUAGAUCACAAAAGAGAACAAAUGAAACACACAGAACAGAAAAUUCGACUGAAAAGUGUUGAAAUUGUUCGUGAUAUUAAACAAAAAAGAGAAAUAACUAGUCAGAAGUUUAAGGAGAAGAAGAAAGUUAUUAUGAAAGAUAUUUUAAAGACGAAAGCAAAGGUCCGAGAGAAGUUUGAAGAGGUGGUUGAGAAAGAAAAUGUAUUUACAGUGCCAAAUAUUUUAUGUGUAGCAAGGAUAGCAAUGUCACCAUACUUGGGAACAGUAAUAUUACAAGAAGAAUACAGCCUUGCACUUGGACUGCUAACAUUUGCUGGUAUAACUGACUUGCUUGAUGGUUGGAUUGCACGUAAUUGGAAAGGACAGUCAUCUAAAAUGGGGUCUUUCCUUGAUCCUAUGGCAGAUAAAGUACUAAUAGCAACAUUGUUUAUAUGUUUAACAUAUCAAAACCUAAUACCUCUUAGCCUAACACUUCUCAUUGUUGGAAGAGAUGCAGUACUAGUCUCCGCCGGUUUUAUUAUCAGAUACAUAAGUCUUCCACCACCAAGAACACUGAGUCGCUACUUUGAUGUGACACAUGCGACGGCUCAACUUGCGCCCACAUUUAUUAGCAAAGUUAACACAGCUGUUCAAUUGUUAUUGGUGGGCACAACACUUGCAUCACCUGUGUUUGGUUAUGUUGAUCACCCAGCACUGCAGGUGUUGUUUGGAGUCACAGCAGUAUCCACGAUUAUUUCAGCAGUUAGCUAUUUGAUCAGCAAAGAUACCUACAAGGUUCUUAAAAAGAAAUUAUGAUGUCAAGAACCUGAAUUCUUUUUUUUAAAUCAACCAAUAAUGCACUCACCAACAAAUCAAAUCUUGUCUUAUAAUUUUAUUAUACUUAGGGUUCAUAGCUUAUUCUUGUAUCAAAGAGUAAUGUUUAGCAUAAGCCAGUACAAGGAAAUAAAAUAAAUACUACCGAUUACAAAAUA